AUGCCUCUCCUCCACCCUACUCACCUCCUACUCAAUCGCCUCACGAGAUCGCGCGGUCCACAAUUCCUCCAGUACAUCAAGGAGGUGGCGCCUGCUGCCUCGACCGUUGUCCCUCUCUCCCCUCCCUCUUCCGCCUCUCAUACACCACUCGACAGCGAUGAUGGUCAGGCCGUUCCUUCAGCACUACAUCCGCGAGUUGCCGUCAUUUUGGGAGUCGACCGUAUUUGGCAUAUUCCUCUGCUAGUCUGUCGGGCGUCAAGUACGCUACCAGCUGCAUGGUGGGGGCUGCGAUGUGCAUUCACGUUCUUGGCCGAAUUGCUGCACAUUCGGCCAGGCAUGGGAGGGGAAGGGUGGGCUGCAGCGAUUAUCGGGAGUGUGGGACAGGAUUGGGAUGUUGAGAGGAGAUUCAGAGUGACUGAGGUAGCAUUGGCUAUCAUGUGGUGUUGCGCAUCCGCAUAUCUUUCCUAUUUCUUUGCAGACUGUAUGAUGUCUCGAUGGCUUUUAAAUUACACUCCUCCUGCUGUUCUGAUCCGCCUCCUGACUACAAAUGGGCUUAUUGCGUACAUUACUUCUUGGGUUCUACAUCUAUCAGGUGCAUCCUCAGACCCUCGACUACUCUUACCAGCUUGGAUAUCCAUCACUACCAGCUUAACUUUUGUUUAUCACGCAACGCAUGGACAUGCAACUAUCAAGCGCGAAACAGCCGCAUCCCUCUUGGUUGUAUCACUAGCUAGCUUCCUGAGCAUGUCCUCACUGCUACUACAGCUGCAUCUGACUCGCGAGAACGAACCGGAAGUUCCCGUAUUCGUGAUUACUCGCAAGUUAUGGGACUGGGCCGUUACAAUCUUUCUCCGUAUGCGAAUCUCUGAUGACCGUCACAUGAAUGCAGAACUGUAG